AUGGUUUUCAAGCCCUUCACCAUCGCUGCAGCUCGUCAGAGCUUUGCACGAAACUUCGUCAAUGGAUACGCUCAAUCUGCCGUCGCCGCUGCCCAGUCCUCCUACGCUACCACUACAUCAUUCCCUCUCUCUCGUCUAGGCCAGAACACUCCCUCUAAGAUCCAGGCUGUCUUCAAUGGUCCUAAUAGUGGCAACCGGUCUAAAUUCGCCAGAGGCAGUGAUCACCUGGGGCAUCAACACUCCAUCUUUAACAAAGAUGGCGAUCGCUCCUUGAAAUAUCCGGAGAGACUCCAACCUACACAUGCUUCUAUAUCCUUGCAGCUCCAGCAGGAGCUCGAGAAGAAGGAUGUCGGUCCUCCGUCUCCGGAAUUGAAGCCUCGUGCUUCGUCCAUGUCGACGGUUCGGGACUACCCAACUCUGGAAGAACCUGAUAGGCUUUCUCUUGACAGCUUGGAAGUUGCAAUCGAGGAGGAUGAGUUUGUUGCCACUGCUCCGGCGAAAGCUGCAGUAGUCGGAAACAAUCUCCAAACUGUUCCCGAGGUCGCUGAAGUGAAAGCUGAAGCUACUUCUUCGGAAACCGCUCCGAAAGUUGCUGCUGCUACUGCUACGAAAGAUGCCGCGUCUGCUUCAGCACCCGGCGAGGUUGCGGAGACCGCAUCCGAGACUAGUGACAUUACUGUGGUCAAUAGCUCGAGUACGACCUCCACAUACGUCGUCAAGGAUUACAUUCAGCUCUUUGAUAACAUGAAGCUUGCCGAACAAUACGACCAGAUCCCUCUCGCUUUCAGGGAAAUGGUCGACAAUGGCAUCGUUCCAACUACUGAUGCGUACAACUACUUGCUUCAUGCUUUCACUCAGAUCCCUUUGAUGGGCCAUGAGCGUAUCAGCCGUGUCAUGAAUGUCUAUGCUGAGAUGAUGGAGCGCAAAAUGGUCCCGUCUCAUUACACUUACAGCAUUGUCAUUGGGACGCUCGCUGAUCAGGCAACUCGGGUUCAAGACCACGCUAAGGAGGCUGACGUUAAGGUCAAGCGUUUUGGUUUCUCUCUCUCCAGCCCUGCCCAGGCUUACAAUAACAUGUCCGAUAAACACUUCUCGUUGGCAACCGACAUCUAUGGCACCGCUCUAACGCUUAAGCACCGUCUGACCCCCGAGUCCCUCAAUAUGCUCCUUCAAGCCUCGGCACAGAAGGAUCGUAGUGACAUGUUUGCCCCAAUUCUCGCAAAGAUGGAGGAACUGAGCUUGCAACCCACCAUUCCUUCCUACCGUGAGAUGAUCCGAAGUUUCGGCCGAGCCAAGGACCUCUAUUCCGCCAUUGACACCUACAACGUUGCAACGGACGCUAAAUCUUCCUUCGGAGGAUUGACCAAUGCUUCGAAGCAAAAGAUGGUUGACUCGCUGGUUUACGCCUACUUCUCCUCCGGAGAGGUUAGUGAAGGUUUAGUCUACGUGCAACGUCUUCUCGAACAUGGAACCGAAACUACCGCUCUUUGCGUCUCUGUCGUCAAGUCUUACCUCUCUAUCCGCAACUAUGACGCUGCUGUCGAAUGGACUACCGGUUUGAACGCCUCCGAGCCGAAGGAAGCUGCUGUUUUGAAUCAGGUUUGCACCGAAGCUGCUGAUGCUGGAAAUGCUGAAGCUGCUAAGGUCAUCUACGAAAAAUUGUCCAAGUCCCAGAGUGCUUUGAGUACCGCCACUUACUCCAGUCUCGUCGCCAUGAGUCUCCGAAACAAGGAUCUUGAUGCUGCUGAAAAAUUCUUCAGAGAAGCCGAGUCGUUGCCCAACUUCUUGGUUAGCGAAACCGGUUUACAUCUGGCUACCAUGUUUGCGGUUGUUGGCGCGGAGCUUGACAAAUUGGACUACGGAAUGGACGUCUACCGCCGAAUCGUCGAGAGAUUCCACUCUGCCAGCCAGCCGUUGAAAGCCCAGGCCAUGACCUCCGUCCACGCCAUCUUUGAUAACUUGAACUCCUUGGACCUCAUCACACAACGACAAAGCUUGAAUAUCUUGCACUUGAUUAACCACCUCGGCAUGCCAAUCCCGGAUGUUGCAAUCGCUCGCAGGCUUCUCAAGUCCUUCGAAGGUGUCCCCAUGGAUAGUCUCUCCCCGGCCGAUUUCCACCUCUUGGUCAUCCCACAAGCCGUUGUCUCUCUCCACCCUGAGGCCAGCAAGAAGGACGCCCAGAAGAUUUUCUCCAUGGCUCAGCUCGCUCACCAAUUCCAAUUGCCACUAUGGAACUUCCCAGCUCACGUCGUCGAAUCUGUCCAGGAAUAUGCUAUGCCCCCCGUUGCUCCCCAGGAAAUACCUUACCCGACUCCAGUUAGCGCUGGAGCCGAGAAUGCUGCUUUCCCCUGGUCUGCCGCUCCAUCUAAUGAACACGCUCCUACCCCAAUGGCACAGCACGAUCCUCUUGAUGAAAUCGACCCCCACCAGGCUACUCUCGAUCUUGAAGGUUCUAACGCAUUUAUGGCUAGAUUGGAAGGCCGAACAAGCCCUCCUCUUCGUGCUACGGAAAUCGUCAACAGGUUCAAUCUUCUCAAGGGUCACCGUCACUACCAACCACAGGUUAUUGCUCGCGCUAUCGGAAGUAUCGCUCGUCAAGAGGGAUACGGCGAGAAGCGUCUUGGUGCUUGCGUCAACAUCUUCAACCAGGCCCUCAAGGAUAUGCCCCUUCUCAAGGAAUACCGCAAGGCCAGGUACGGUUGGUACUUGAUGUACGAUGCCAUGAUUGCUGCCUGUCUUCACCUUGAACGUCUUGACCUCGCCCGCAAAUACCACCAGGAAAUGCUUGAGUUCGGAGCUUCGCCCUCUGCCAACACCUACGGUCUUUACAUUGUCCAGCUUAAGGGAUCCCAUGGCAACUUUGAUGAAGCAUCUGAGGCCAUCAAGAUCUUCGAGCAGGCCAAGGCUGAGGGUAUCGCACCAACUUCUUUCCUCUACAAUGCAUUGAUUGGCAAGCUAUCCAAGGCUCGUCGUAUCGAUGACUGUCUCUCGUACUUCUCGGAAAUGCGUGCCAACAACAUCAAGCCAACCAGUGUUACCUACGGUACCAUUGUCAAUGCUCUGUGCCGCGUUAGCGACGAACGUUUUGCCGAAGAACUCUUCGCUGAGAUGGAGGCCAUGCCAAACUACAAGCCACGACCAGCCCCAUAUAACAGCAUGAUCCAAUUCUUCGUCCAUACUAAGCACAACCGCACCAAGGCUCUGUACUACUACGAGCGAAUGAGGAGCUUGAACAUUGCACCAACAUCUUUCACUUAUAAGCUCCUCAUCGAAGCUCACGUUACCUGCGACCCACCAGACCUCAAGUCUGGCGAGGACAUCAUCCGCCAGAUGCGCGCCGAACGUGUCCUCGUCGAGGCUCAACACCAUGCCGCCAUUAUCCACGCCAAGGGAUGUGUUCUCGGAGACGUUGCCGGAGCUCGAGAGAGCUUUGACAAGGCCCUCCGUGACCCAUCUGUCAAGGCCGAUACCACCGUUUUCCAAGCCUAUAUCGAAUCUCUCGUUGCCAACCACCGUGUCCGCGAAACCCCCGAGAUCGUUGCUCUUAUGCAAGCCAAGCACAUCCAGAUGACACCUUAUAUUGCCAACCCACUCAUCCACGGAUGGGCUUUGGAAGGUGAGAUCGAAAAGUCUAGGAUGUUGUAUGAUUCGCUCUACCCGGACCCAUCCCGCGGACAUUCCGCCAACAAGAGGGAGCCGAGCACAUACGAGGCUAUGACACGAGCAUUUUUGGCUGUCAGCGAUCACGAUUCCGCGAUGGGAGUUGUGAACGAGAUGGCUUCAAGGAGCUACCCUCCACCAGUUAUGACGAGGGUCCUUGAUCUCAUUCGUGGCGGUCAUGAAGCUUAG